AUGAUAAAAAAUUUGGUCCCAAGAACACUUUGGUUUGUCCUGGUAAAUAUUGUUGUGUUGGCAAUCAUUGAAGGAUCAAACCCAACUAAGAACCCCUACAACAUAACUCCAGAGGAACUAUGCACUUUUGAUGAACAGCUUGGUACAAAUGGUAAGCCUAUACACCUUUUCAGAUUAUUGUCCUGUUGAUCUACUAUUCAGAGGGUCAGGAGAAGGGGGAGAGGGACGGGUACCCACAACUUUAUAAUUAUAAUUAGUAAUCUGCUUUUUUAUGAAAUGUUGCUAUAUAAUCAAUUUUCAUUUAAUUUAUAAAACCUUCAAAAAUCCUAUAACUUAGCUCUGGGUCGUAGUUAGCGCCAAUUCCAGGCAGGUACAACUACCAUUAGGACUACCUUUAGAAACAGCAACACCAGUUCUUGGCGGCCGGUACAACUACCUUUAGGCGUUACGCUAUUGACAAUUAAUUUUUUGCAAAAUCUCUGUUAAAUUCUGUCAAAUUCUCUUGCCGACACAUAUGAAACAUCAUGGUAGACAUUAUUAUAAUAUCAUACUUAGGCAUAUACCUUUCUGCAUGGAAAAAUCUUUUUAUGACUUAUUAUAUACGUAGCUAUAUAAAUUUUCGUACAGUAGCGGAGUGAAAUAAAAAUCGUAUUUUACGACGGAUGACAAUAUGAUUCGUGGUAAAUGACUUUUGUUUCACAAGACAAAAAUGAUCGUGUUUUGCUCGGUGAUUAUUCAAUUACUAAUGGAAAAAUUAUUGCUCAAAUUAGCUCGUCAAAUUUAAAAGAACACUUUAUCAAUGCAGUUUUUAAAUCAAUGCGCGUAUAUAAGCAUUUUGUUCUCAAAUUUGAAAACAUGGCACUCAAAUCGGUUUUUUAUUAUAAUUAGGCUAUCUUAUGAUAAAAAAAAUAUUAUGAAAAAAGGUUUACUUGGUGUUUAACUAACAAAAACGAAUAAAGUGAUAAACGGUAAGAAAUGAGGGACAGUCAAUGAAAUGGCUCAAAAAUUUGCUAAAUUUGGGGCGUCAGUAUAAUACAGCCAGACAUUACAAGGCAUAUCAAGCGAACUUCACAGUUAAUUUUAUAUCAGUUAGAGACUUUGGCCACUAUUUCCUUAUUAAUUACAAUCUUGUAAUGAAUUAAACACAAUGUAGUUUCUAAAUCCAUAGCUACAAAAAUACAUAUCAAAUUAUAGUGACUUUAGCGCGAUUUAAAUUUGACUUUGGCGCGAUUUUUCCCUAUAUAAGCAACAAUCAGCGGCUGUACGUACCAAUGUUUUCAAAAUGGUUGACAAGAACCCAAGAAUUAUUACUAUAAUCCUACAAAUGCGAUGCGCAUGCCAAAACAAAAUGCAAUGUUCAAAGUGUUUACGUCUAAAAAUGUACAAAAUACUUCGAUGAGUAUUCCCAGAAACUCUUGCCGUGUCACGAUUUUCCAUUAUCCUGGCCGAAUAACUCAAUUUUACUGUAUUCGCAGUGUAAUUUCGCAAUUUAAACUUUAUUAUUAAGUACAGUAAAAUUUAAAUUUACAUAUUUUUAUCUGCAGAAUGCCCAAGCUUGGGAGAAUGUGAAUGUAUUGAAAAGAGAGCUUUUGAAAUGCGUAGUCGAGAAUUUGAGGGAAACAUAAUAAAACAUAAAGGUAACUUAAACAAAACAAUCUAUGAGAAUACCAGUUAUAUACAUUUAACGUAUUAUUUCUUGUUUAGCUAGGCAUAUGCUUCUAUAAAUAUGAACCUCUCCUCUCUAAUAUCCUCCACCUUUCUUUUAAGAUGGGUCUCGAGACGUUAUUUUGAACGUUGAAACUACACGCAAAACUCAUGUAUAUAGUUAUUCCAAGUGAUGCAUGUUCGGUCGUUUUCUCAACGCAAGUUACCGCUUUGUAACAGCCGUAACAAGUUUCCACCCAUUUUAACACUUGCAUGUAAGUUUUGUUGAAAACAAGAAAAUAUGAGAAAUUGGAAUUUUCUAUGCUGCGUGCAGUUUCAUAGACGUAUUAAUCCUUGCAAAUAGAUUUAAUUAAAUGAAUACAACCCAUUAAUUAUUUGGUUCUACUUGACCUUGUUUAUUGUAAUUGUAGGUAUUAAUUAUUUUCAUUCUAGAUUUAGCUGCCGAAUCUCCCUGCGAGCAUCGUAUACGUAGGGAUAUUAUGACCUUGUCCAGAGAAGAAAGACGUCGAUACAUCCAUGCAGUAAAAGCUAUUAGAACUGAUCCACGUACUAGCAAACGGUUUUAUGAUUUUGGGCAUUUGCAUGUCGAUUAUUUUUGCAAAGUCCUUCAUUGUACAGUUUUCUUUCUCCCUUGGCACCGUUGGUUUAUUUUACAAUAUAAAAAUUUUCUUAGAGAAAUCGAGCCUAAUGUUACUUUAGUUUACUGGGAUUGGAGCAUGGUAAUGGUAAAUCCAUUUGAUGUUAAUCUUUGGGAUGACAAUGAAUGGUCGUUUGGCGGAGAUGGAGAUGGCGUUAAUCAUACAGUAAUCACUGGUCCAUUUAAAGAACCUGAAUGGCAAAUGGUUCCUUCAUAUGGCCCAGAUGCUGCCUUACAAUUAAGACGAUAUUUAAAUUACACGUACCCUGGACCAGGUAUGCCAAGCGCUUUACAUCUUGCAAUUUUGCUGAAACUAAAGCCUCGCGAGUUUCAAGACUGGCUAACCAUUUUUCAAAGUUGGCACGAUAAUGUUCACAACAAAGCUUUUGGGUGGAAAAGUACAAUGACCAAUACAUAUUCAGCCUGGACACCAGAGUUCUUUUUGCAUCAUGCAUUUCUCGACAAAUAUUGGUCUGAGUGGCAAGCACAAGGCUAUGAUUAUAAAUAUAGUUCGUUCUUUAUGAAGCAGACGCGGUAUAUGCAGGGGACUCACUAUUUACCCAGAGAUCUCGUGGAUCUGAAAUACCAAGAAGGAAACGUAUGUGUAACAUAUCAGAAAUCUCCAAACGACUGGAUACACAAAAUGCUCAGAAGUACGUACUCAACUAUUUGUUGUACAAAGUAUUGUUAUUUAUUUUUUUGUAAAUCAGCAGCGGGCGGAAUCCUAGCGUUUUCUGCAAUCUGAUUGGCUGCAGCAGCGGGCGAAAUUUUACGAUAUUUGUCCACGGUCCGGAAUCGGGAAUCCUAUAGGUAAUGGCCGAAGCAAAGCAAACAUUUUUUGUAUGUUUGUUUUAAAACUGAAAAAUAUGAAUAUGUAAUUUUGAAAUAAUUUUAAUAAUGGAUAAAAUAAUUUUACUGUAUUUCAAUUGAAUUGUUUGUUUUCCAAAGUAAAAUAAUUGAAUUUCGACUUUGAGUAUUUUACAGAAUUUUGAACUUGGACAAUUUUUCGCAUGCAAAAAUAUGCUUUACUUCAAUGUCACAAUUCGCACUUAGCUUUGCUGCAUGGAUUCGGAUAAAAUGACUAGAAUAUAAUAAAUCUACUAUGCUUCAACUUCGGUGAAAUGCAAUAAAAUCGGCUACUGAAAAGAUGCGAUUUGAGAGAUCUCGUAAAAUGCACUUGAAGAGUCAAAAAGUUCGUCGCGAAAUAGCCGACGAACUCACAGGUUGACAAGAUAAAAAUAAACCACACAUUGGAAUUGUCACAAAAUGCUCUCUAUUUUAGAUAUAUGCAUCCUAAUGAACUAAGCAACAGAAUAGUAAAAGUUUCACAAACUCUUGAGGGGAAAACCAUCGCUUACUAGCAUCAGUAGCGUGAUUGUUUUAGCAUUUGUCGCCACGUUACAACUUAACUCCUUGUCACACUAUCGCGUAUGAGAGAAACGUAUGAGAAGCGUAAGAAAAUGAAUGAAAUAAUUUUCAUACGCACAAAAAUCCUUUCAAAUGCCCGCGUAUGAGAACCGUACAUCUGGCGUAUUCAGCGUGUGCCUAUAGAGUAUGCUUAUCGUAUAAAGCAUACGUCCGAUACGCACAAAAUUUUUGAGCAUGCUUAAAAAAAAUUUUCUGCCUCGCCGUAUGCCAGCGUAUGCCACCGUACGUGACCGUGCUUGAAACGUAUACAACCUAUUCCCGACGCGGUACCCCUAGCGUAUGUCAUCGUAUACCGGCGAAUGAGUGAUAUUUUUCAUACGCUGGCACGCUAGUACGAUACGCAAUAGUCUGACAGGGCCUUUAAAUGCCGACUUUGCAUGAUAGUAGAUCAGCUGUCACAUUGCAAACAGUUCUCCUUUCUAAUAUUCCAAUAAAUAGUCCCAAUUUAGCAAUUUACCUUUAGUAUAAUUUUUCCCUGGUGAUACAUUUUUAAAACUUACUACUAAUGGUUUUUUCAAACUGGUAAAUCUUUUUAAAGCACCCAUUCUUUCGUCUUUCUGUAUUUUGUUUUUAUAAUUUUUAUUAUACCGGGGCAUUGAGGAAAAACUGGGGCGGCCUUCAAAUUUUUUAAAACCUGAAAAGGGGGGCUUUGAUAAAAUACAGAGAGACGAAAGAAUGGGUGCUUUAAAAAGAUUUACCAGUUUGAAAAAAACCAUUAGUAGUAAAUUUUAAAAAUGUAUCACCAGGGACGCCGGAACGAUAAAAAGGCAAAGGGGGGGGGGGAGACGCACACGAAAGGGCACUUCUAUAGAUCAAAAGUUCGAAAUUUACCUGAAUUUUUUUUUUACAUGAAAUCAUUUUUAGGUCAGUGUACCAUUUUAGGGAUCAAAUUUUUUUUCCGGAAAUACCAAAAUUUUCCGUGACGUAAAUAAAUUUUAACGGACUUCAGCAAUUUUCUCCAUUUAUCGAAAAUUUUUUUCUAAAAUCUAAAAAUUUUCUAAUUUACCUCAUUAUUUUCCAAAUUCACCCUUAUUUUUGUAAACUAGCUUUUUCUGGGCCUAUAAAUUACCUGAAUCUCAUGAUUUUGCCCGAAAAAGCAUCACUGGAAAUGUGAUGUAUCAAGUAGUAUUUUACAACUGAAAGGCACUUCUGCCCGCUUGCCCCCCCUAGCAAAAGGCAAGAGAGGCAGUUGUCCCUCCUGCCCCCCCCCCCAGUUCCGGCGUCCCUGUGUACCACAAAACAACUUAACAACAAAUAACAAUGUUUACAGACCUUUAAUAUUUAUAAACGGAAGCCAAAUAAAAAGUCUCUUAUGUUCAGACAAUUCCCAUUAUAGACUAAUUUCAAAACUAGGCAAAGAGAUGCAAAUUAAGGCCGGAUUUUGGUGAAAAUAGUUCGGGAAGUAGAAAAAAAUGUUAGAGGAGGUGCAGCGGUCUAGCUCCCAACCCCCAUGCAAAGUUAGGGCUUAUUGUAGAACGUACAGGCCAAUAUCAAAGAGGUAGUGUACAUAUGUAGCAGUAUAUUAGUGAAGUAUGAAUGUAUGACUCCAAUCUUGCCCUAAUCAUUACAAUUGCUACAAAGUUUCUUUCAAAACAUUGCUGAUUAAAAGGGUACUUGACACAGAAAUGAAUGGAAUCAAUUUUGCAGAGAAAACUUUCUUACGUCACGAAGUGUAGAUCCUAAACAACCAUCAUAUUUUUACUUUGUUCCAUCAUUGAAACUAAUUCCCAAGGGGCAGCAUGAGCUCCACCUUUGAAUUUACUAUAUGAGUAAAUUUUUAAACACGUCCGAAUUUAUCAUUAUGAUAAAUUCGAGGCAAAUUUUGAAUUUAGUAUAAUAAUAAAUUCGCGGCACCUAACACUAACCCUAACCACUGACCUCUAACCACUAACCCCCUAACCCUAACUUUUUUAACUUUUAAAAUUUUUUUUAACUUUUUUAAAAAUCUAAAUUUUUAAAAACUCCCCACCGCCCGCGCGACCAGCCUCACUUUUAGUGCUGUUACAUUUAUAACUAGAAAAUACAUGCAUGCAGAAACCCUCGCCUUGCUGACAAAACCAUUCCAAAGUUGUUGUCAUGGUAACACGAUAUUUUUUUAAGAAUAUUCUUACAAAUGAAAAAUCGCCUAAAAAUAUCACUUUUAAUUACAAAAUUAUCAAUUUCCCAACAUAUAUAUGUUGGGUAUGUUAUAAUACGUAAUAUAAGCUUCAAGUCAAGGUAAAAUUCAACCACAAAAGCUUCGCAAAACGUUUUAAAAUGUUCUUUAUAAAACUAUUUAAAACUGCCUUUAAUCAUUAAAAUGGCUUUAUCGAUAAACUUUGAGUUUGCAAUAAAAUGAUUUCAAAUUCUCGCAUGCAAAUAAUUUUGUUUUCUUUUUUAUUUAAUAAAUUCAAUAUACGCUUAAUAAAAAAGGGAAUCAAUAUUAUUAAUACACUGAAAUUAUAUGCUGUCUUGUUUAGUUGUUUCAUAUACGCAAAGCCACUUAACAACAAAUCGGGGACAAAAAAUCUUGUCUAAUGCUUGUGGUUUUAUGAUUAGCUCUAUUGAUAAAUUCAAGAUGUGCCGCGAAUUUAUCAAAAUAAUAAAUUCGGACGUGUUUAAGAAUUUACUCAUAUAGUAAAUUCAAAGGUGGAGCUCAUGUUGCAAGGGGAGGUGCAUGACCUUUCAGGAGUGGCUUUAGAAUGCCCUUCCAAGGAAUAUACUUUUUUUGCUAAGAUAAAAUAUAGUCUAUAAUGGGGAAUUGUCUAUUGGUCCCCAUUAUCUAUUUUUGUUUCUCUAAAUAAAAAACUAGAGAUUUUGUUUCUCUAAAUAAAGAUAAAGAGCUAGAGGGAGGACCACAAUUUAUGUUAUUGUUUUGCCUGGGGGGGGUUGCGCUUCGAAAAUUUCACUUGUCUUAAAAAGGGACAAAGAAUAUUAUAACUGCAGAGUUUCUCCUUAGUUUCCCCCUGUACAAUAAAUAAUGAGCAGUCCCUUACUGCACGAAAGUAGAAAUCGAUAAAGCAGAUUGCACUAUUCUGGUGGCUAAAAUUCAACCGAGAGAGUCAUAGUGUUAACUUUCUGGAGGUGUGCUUACGAACAUAGGUGCAUUUUGUCUUCGCAUGCGCAAGAAUCGUUCCGUGAGAUUGUAAAUGGCGGACUUUAAAGGGCUUGUGAGUUUUGUCAUGGUUUUUAUGAAAAAUAUGAACUGUAUUUUUGUUCGAUCUCUCAGAAUUUGUGUUAAUCCUACACGUAAGGGUAUUAGUUUUAUUACAGAUUAAUUCUCUCCACAAUUCAUGGUUUUUCGUUUAAAUUUUCGUCAUUUGCUGGACACAAUGCUUACCUUUGUUGUCCCCAUUUCUAUAGUCAGUUGAGCUUAAUAUGUAAGUUACUCGCUUGUUUGGUUUGUUUUCUUGUUUUAAAUAGGUUUGUAAUUUUUCUAUGUUUGAAUAUUCUUGAAUAGUAUGAGUAAUUAAUAAAAAUAAUGAAAAUCUACUGCCAUAAUUUUUGGAUUAAUAUGGCUGUGUGAAUUUGGUUGAAUAGAGAUCUUGUAGUAAACCCUAUACUGUUGCUUUAGGUUUAAUUUUUUAAAAUAAUAAUUAACCCAAAUUCCAAAAUAUAUAACAAACUUCUAUUUGUGCGUGGUGAUGAAAAUAUCAAAAGUGAGUCAUACAAACUUUCCCAUAUUUUUUCUACAAAUUGUAUCAGGUCUCUUGAUGGAAAGAACAUCAAGUUUGAGAGCAAAAGCAUUUGGAAAAGGGUAUUUUUAGCACAGUCAUGUCCUGAGCAGCCCAUGCUCCAAGCACAUGAGGGCGUACCUGAUG